AUGGGUGACAUGGACGAGGGCCUGCAUUUCUUAAGCAAACAAUAUGAAGCUCAACGCAGCGAAGUUAAAGAAAUAAAAGAAUCUGUGGUCCAGAUCAGGAAAAGAUCAGAGGUCAUACUUAAUGAGAAUAAGACUGUAAUAUCUGAGCUCCAGACAGUGAAAAACAAUUUAUUUGACCUGAAUGAACGACACCUAGAUCUUCAAAUGCGCACAAUGCGGAAUAACCUUAUCUUUGACGGAAUCCCAGAAGCUCAAGAAGAAGAUACAGAGGCAGUUUUGAAAGAAUUUAUUCACAUUGUAAUGGGAAUCGAGGAGGAAAUCCAGUUCCACAGAGUACACAGACUUGGGAGGAAAAUUCCAAAUAAACACCGCCCAAUUAUAGCAAAAAUUGUGUUAUUUAAAGAACGCGAGAGAGUAAGAAGAGAGGCACCCACCACAUUAGUCGGAAAACCAUUUGGGGUCAAUGAACAAUUUCCAAAGGCUAUAAAUGACAGAAGAAAUCUACUUUAA